AUGCUUCUCCAAACUCAAUCUCUCACAACCCAUGUGGCUCUUCCAUUCACUCCUUCAAAACCAAUUCCCAAAACCCAAUUCUUCACUCCUUCAAAGCAAAAUCCGUUUCUCAAAACUCAGUGGAGAACACUAAAAUGCUCGCUUUCGACUGUUUCAGAGCCGACCCACUUGGAGAAGAAGACCCAUAAGCCGUUUCCGGCUGAGGUUUCAAGGACUAUUAUGGAGUUGGUGUCUGUGGGCACGCUUUCUACUUUGACCCAAGAAGGUUGGCCUUUGGGUAUUGGCGUUCGCUUCGCUGUUGACCCAGAAGGCACUCCAGUCUUGUGCUUGAAUGCCUCUAAUCGGCAGUUCUCCAUUGACAGGAGGUCUAGCUUCCAUGUCCAGUUAGAGCAAUGUGGGCUGCGGACGCCUCAAUGCACGAUAUUAGGUAGCAUUGACAAACCAGAAGACAGGAAGAUGUUGAAGUACCUUCAUUCAGUAUGGACAAAGAGGUUUGGAGAAGAAGUCGACGAAGAUCUUAUAUAUGUUGUUUCUGUGGAACGGGUACUUCAGUUGGAGGACUUUAAAGAGGGUGGUGUAUGGGUUACAUCUUCAGAUUAUAAAAAUGCACAACCUGAUCCUCUUCGGGACUUUGCGGAAAACCUAGUGAAUGAGAUAAACACCAACAACAUUGAAGAUAUUAACCGUUUCUGCAACAUCUAUGCUGAUUUGAACUUCCAGGUUUCUGAAGCAAAAUUGAUUUGGAUUGAUCGGUUAGGCUUUGACCUACGUCUUUGGUCUCCUCAGGAAGGUAUAUUCGAGGUUCGCAUUCCCUUUCCCAGGGAUGUGACCGACGAGAAGGGUGCAAAAUCAACGUUUAAUUGUAUGUCUCAAUUAGCUUGGGAGGUGGAAAAGAAUUUCUAUGCCCCAGAUUUUGAAAGAGUGAAACAAGUUAAGCAGAUAGCAUACAAGGGAGAGUAA